CCUGGGGGCGGUGUUAUCACCGCAGCUGAAAGAAUGCUGCGUAGUGAACAGAUUUCAAUUCUGAAAGCGGAGUUAAGUUUCAGUCGAACUUUACUGGUUGUGUGUUUAUCUGAGUUAUCGUUCAGAUUCAGUCCAGUCAGCUGUUAAAACAGCUCGUCUCUUCUGAAAGCCUCACCGCAUGAAAACACUCAACUCAGUUUACCGUUAGCUCAUAAUUCAGUGUUGGUUCAGCCUUUUUGUUUCUUCUCCAUCAAGCGUUUCACCUCUGACUCCACGUGACGUGGGAAACAUGUGGCCUUUGUGUUUUUUAGUUUACUCGCAGAGCUGAGGACACAUACUGUGGGUUUCCUGACAUCCACGGGGGACUUUUAAAAAAAAAUAUAUAUAUUUUUCGGGUUGCUUUUGGGGUCAAACCUCAACACAUUUCUCAUAUUUGCCAAAGCAAAGCAGAAUGCCCGUCAGGCGUUUGGGGGGUCACAGGUCCCUGGUUCCUUACUCUCAGACCUCCAAGCUGUCGUAUGGUUACACAAAAAUGAAUAUCUCAAGAAGCGACUAUCGGGUUUUUUCUGCCAACUCUUCCACUGCCUGCACCGAGCUGGCCAAGAGGAUAACAGAACGCCUAGGUGUGCAGCUGGGCAGGUCGGUAGUUUACCAGGAGUCAAACACAGAGACUCGAGUAGAGGUAAAGGAAUCUGUCCGAGGACAAGACGUUUUUAUUAUUCAGACCAUUCCAAGGGACGUCAACACAGCCGUCAUGGAGCUGCUGGUUAUGGCUUACGCUCUGAAGACAUCGUGCGCCAAGAACAUCAUUGGGGUCAUUCCCUACUUUCCCUACAGCAAGCAGUGCAAGAUGAGGAAGAGAGGAUCCAUCGUCUGCAAGCUGCUUGCUUCCAUGUUGGCUAAAGCCGGGCUUACUCAUAUCAUCACUAUGGAUCUUCACCAGAAGGAGAUCCAGGGAUUCUUUAACUUCCCUAUUGACAACCUCCGAGCUUCCCCUUUUCUCAUCCAGUAUAUCCAAGAAGAGAUCGCAGACUACAGGAAUGCUGUCAUUGUUGCAAAGUCUCCGUCUGCUGCUAAACGGGCCCAAGCUUAUGCUGAGAGGCUGCGACUCGGCCUGGCAGUGAUGCAUGGGGAGGCGCAGCAUUCCGAGUCGGACAUGGCAGAUGGCCGACAUUCCCCCCCGCUGUCCCGCACCACAGCAGGACACACAGGCCUGGAGUUGCCUUUGAUGAUGCCGAAGGAGAAGCCUCCUAUCACCGUCGUCGGAGACGUAGGAGGGAGAAUCGCCAUCAUUGUGGAUGACAUCAUAGAUGAUGUCGAGGACUUUGUUGCAGCAGCAGAAAGCCUGAAGGAGAGAGGAGCGUACAAGAUCUACAUCAUGGCUACACAUGGGCUGCUGUCUGCAGAAGCUCCCAUACUAAUAGAGGAGUCUGCUAUAGAUGAGGUGGUUGUGACCAACACCGUUCCUCAUGAGGUGCAGAAGCUGCAGUGUCCGAAGAUCAAAACCGUGGAUGUGAGUCUGAUCCUGGCUGAGGCCAUCCGCCGCAUCCACAACGGAGAGUCCAUGUCCUACCUGUUCCGCAACAUCACUGUGGACGACUGAGGCGACACAAAGAGACGUUUACAUUUCCACUCGCACAAAGUCAGGGCAGAUCUCUGUAUCAGUCUGUUCUUCCUGUCUAGGUUGCUGAUAAAUCUGUCAGUUUUAUUUACCAGAUGUCACACGCGAGGCAAGAACAAUAAAGUACAUGCAUAAUGUUACUACAGGUGCUCACUAAUGUUUGUUCCUGUACACUGCAACUUGUAGCAAAUAAAGCUGUUACUCUUUCAAA